AUGAUUGCCAAUCCUUCUACUCUUUCUGCAGGUGUUUUACUUGCAGCCAUUGCUAGUGUUGCUGCUCAACAAACCGGCGAUGUUGGCAGUUCAUGCGGCACUAAUUUAGCCCCUUUGCCAUGCAUAACUGGAAAUAUAUGCGCUCGUCCACCUGGUAUCGACACUACUGUUGCAGGUAUGUGUAUACCUACUGGCUCUACAAUCGCAUCACUUGGUGGUCCGUGCGGUGGACUGAUGCGUACUGCUCCCAGCUGCUUCUUUGGACAGAUAUGUAAAUCCAAGGACAUACCUGAUGUUGGAGGUGUGUGUGUAGAUGCAGCAACCGUUUCACCUGCUGCAUCUACUGGUGCUCAUAGCACUGCUACCAUUGUCUCGCCUGGCAGUUCCUCCAGCGUUUCUCUACCUGGAAGCACUUCCAGUCCUGCUCCAGGAAGCAAGCCUGCAUCCAGCAGUGUCAUGUCUAGCCAUGUUCAGCCAUUGAUGUUGAUCGUUGCCUCGAUCGUAUUGGCUGCAAAUGUCAUUUUUUGA